AUGUCUUUCUCAGCGUUGGUUAACCGUGGUAUCCAGCGGGCGAUAGGGCGAACACCGGACGACGCUGAGGACUACGACAGGGCCAAUGGGGACCAGGCAUACCAGGCCAACACCUCCAAACUAUCGACACGACUUUGGGAUGUCCUUUGCAGGACGUUCGAUCUUGGGUUUAUUGGCUUUGGCGGACCACCCGUCCAUUUCCAGAUCUUCCACAGGAGGUUCGUAGAAGGGAUGGGCAAGACACCGUGGAUCGACGAGCAGACGUACCAGGAAAUAUUUGCGAUUUGCCAGGCCCUACCGGGGCCAGGAUCAACCAAGAUGCUGUUCACAAUAGCCCAAAUCCAUGCUGGAUUGUUGCCUGCCAUCUUCGUAUUCCUACUGUGGUCCCUUCCUGCAGGCAUUGCAAUGUACGGGCUGGCGUUGGGAGUACAAAGGAUCUCCACAGUCCUUCCAGAGCCCGUAUACGCCCUCCUCUCCGGCCUCAACGCUGCCACCGUCGGUAUCAUCGCCUUGGCCGCCGUCCAGCUUUCACGGAAAGCCAUCACCGACCAGGUCACUCGACUCCUCGUCGUCAUGGGUGCCUGCGCAGGAAUGUGCUACAAUGCCCUCUGGUACUUCCCCGUACUCAUGGUCAUCGCUGGUAUCGUCACCGUCGUCUGGGACAUGUGGCUACGCGGCUCCAUUGCACGAUUCAAGGAAAGGCGCAAACGAGUAACCAACCCUUCCAUCACCCCAGAACCCCUCGCUGAAAACGGCAUGGCAAGCCCGACCACAUCCAACCACCAUGAAACAGACAUGAAAGCCGAUGCAGCCUCAUCUCUCCACCGCCGACAGCCACAGACGAACGGGUCCGACAUCGAAUUGGUAGAACGCACCAGCACGGCCGACGGCGCGCAAUCCGCCAAAUCAGCCUCUCCAACGCCCACUCCAAAACACGAGCUCAAAGGGCACGGCAUCCCCGUCAAAUACGGGCUGGCGCUCAUCGUCCUCUUCUGGGCCGCCUUCACAGCCCUCAUGGUCGUCCGCGGCACACUCGACACCCCACCCCUCCUCCUCGCCCUCUUCAACAACAUGUUCCUCGCAGGCACCAUCAUCUUCGGCGGCGGACCCGUCGUCAUCCCCCUCCUCCGCGAAUACGUAGUCGAACCCGGCUGGGUCUCCCCACGCGACUUUCUGCUCGGCCUCGCCAUCAUCCAGGCCAUGCCAGGUCCCAACUUCAACUUUGCGGUCUACCUCGGCGCGUUGGCUGUGUUGAGCGACGGCGGGAGCAAGUCGCCUGGGAUGAUGUUCGUGGGCGCUCUGCUCGCUUUCAUCGGCAUUUUCACCCCUGGAAUCUGGCUUUCGGUUGGGUUCCAGUCGAUCUGGAGAGCCUUGCGCUCGAAGCCCAUUGUCACCUCAUUGCUGAGGGGCGUAAACGCGGGAGCCGUCGGCCUGGUCUUCACAGCCGUUUACCGUCUUUGGGAGAUUGGGUUCUUGACGGUCGACUCCAACCGGGGGGUCAGUCUGGGGAAGGAACCUUGGUGGCUGGUCGUCGCUGCCUCCACCUUUACCGGUGUCGAGUGGUUCUCGGUACCACCGCCUGUCGCCAUCAUGCUGGGCGGCGUGGCUGGUUUGGCGUGGUAUGGCGUUGUCAGUCAGUAG